CUAUCAUACCUGGAGGAAGGGCUAUUGCUGCUGGGUUUUGAAGGCCGACUAGGAGUUGCCAGACAGAUCCCACCCUGUAGAUGGCGCGGCCGAUCCAGGUGAAGCCUGCGGACAGCGAAAGCCGCGGAGGUAGGGACCGUAAGCUGUUUGUGGGAAUGCUGAACAAGCAGCAGUCGGAGGAGGACGUGCUGCGACUGUUCCAGCCCUUCGGAGUCAUCGACGAGUGCACGGUCCUCCGCGGGCCAGACGGCAGCAGCAAAGGCUGUGCCUUUGUCAAGUUCUCCUCCCACACGGAGGCCCAGGCGGCCAUCCACGCCCUGCACGGCAGCCAGACCAUGCCGGGAGCCUCGUCCAGCCUGGUGGUCAAGUUCGCAGACACGGACAAGGAGCGGACGCUGCGGCGCAUGCAGCAGAUGGUGGGCCAGCUAGGCAUCCUGACGCCGUCCCUCACCCUGCCCUUCAGCCCCUGCAGUGCUUACGCCCAGGCUCUCAUGCAGCAGCAGACGACCGUGCUGUCCACCUCGGGCAGCUACCUGAGCCCCGGCGUGGCCUUCUCCCCCUGUCACAUCCAGCAGAUUGGCGCGGUCAGCCUGAACGGGCUGCCUGCCACCCCCAUCGCGCCUGCCUCUGGACUGCACUCACCCCCGCUGCUCAGCACUGCCGCUGUGCCCGGCCUCGUGGCCCCCCUCACCAACGGCUUUGCAGGCGUCAUGCCCUUUGCGGGCGGGCACCCUGCCCUGGAGACUGUAUAUGCCAAUGGCCUCGUGCCCUACCCAGCUCAGAGCCCGACGGUAGCUGAGACGCUCCAUCCUGCCUUCUCCGGAGUCCAGCAGUACACAGCCAUGUACCCCACCGCGGCCAUCACGCCCAUUGCGCACAGCGUCCCCCAGCCGCCGCCCCUCCUGCAGCAGCAGCAGCGAGAAGGUCCCGAAGGCUGUAACCUGUUUAUCUACCACCUCCCCCAGGAGUUUGGAGACACGGAGCUGACGCAGAUGUUCCUGCCUUUCGGGAAUAUCAUCUCCGCCAAGGUGUUUAUGGACCGAGCCACCAACCAGAGCAAGUGUUUCGGCUUCGUGAGCUUUGACAACCCGGCCAGCGCACGGGCGGCCAUCCAGGCCAUGAACGGCUUCCAGGUGGGCGCCAAGAGGCUGAAAGUGCAGCUGAAGCGGCCCAAGGACCCGGGGCACCCCUACUGACGGCGCCCACAGCGGCCGGGGCUGUGGCUGGCCAGGUGAGGGGCCUUCCCAGGCCAGGAGGGCUCCCUGCUUCCAACAGACCCGGACUUUUCCUCCCGUAACUUACGACCGUGUUUGGGCCCAGCCCUCCCCUCCCCCUCCCCUUGCCCACCCCCCAAAAUGUGAAGCGCUCACGGAAGGCCACCGCGAGUGGGGAGGGGGCUCCUGAGUUGGGGGCCGAGGGGUCCACACGCAGCCCGCCUGCGGGAGCCCUGGCGUGCGCUCGCACCCGCGGCCGGCCGCCCUGCGACCUCCCUGGUAGGCGCAUACAGAGCUAUAUACAGUAUUUAUAUUUUUUGAGACUAGAUCGUGGGACCAAAUUUUUCCGACUUCCUUCCAUCCGAGAGAGGGUGACCCUGGGCCGGUCACCCAGGAGGGACGUAGGAAGGCCUGAGGCUGGCCGGGCGCGGGGAGCACCGCCCGGGUGCCCCCUGCCUCCCAGCUGGGACGCAGACCAGGACCCUGCCAACACGAUAUACCUCCGGGAGUCCUGGCCCCGCGACCACAGUUCCCGCGGGCCUGCGGACUCAGCCAGCUCGAGUGUCCCUGGUUCCAGCUGCAGCUUCGGGACAAACCGUCCUCGCCCCCGAUCCCGCCUUCCCAGAGUAGGUACUGAAGAGACCCUGUGACCCGCCCUCCCCGCCCCACCCCUGCGUCAUAGCCUUACUGUACGACCAGUAGCCCUUAGCUUCCCGUGGGGCAGACAGGCUUGGGGGCCUCCCGCCCUCGCCGCCCCCUCCCCAGGGCGGGUACGCAUCGUCCCUGCCUUCGGAUCACCAGCCUCGGAUCAAGGUCUUGUCACCGAGCUUGCCAAAUGCGUUGGACAAGCCCCGCCCGGACUGGCCGGCACCCCCUUUGGUCGAAGACAGAACUCCACAGCGACCUUCAGACCUCUGCAGAGACUUGGGGUUUGUUUUGUGGGGUUUGGUUUGGGUUUUGGUUUUUCUGAGCAGGUAACAAAGAAGAAAAGAGAAGAGAAAACAAUCCAAGACAGAGGGGUUUUGUUUCCAGUUGGGGGGGCUUCGUGGCUUUGCGGGGUGCCUCUGUCCAACCGCCAACCCGCGACACCCGCUGAGCACAGUUUCUGUGGACAUCCAGGGGUCCUCCUGCCAGACGAGGCGCCGGAUCACUUAAUAAGCUCAAAAGAAAAAAAAAAAACAUUUAAAGAGAAGAAAACAAACAGCAUACCCUCUCGUUGUUACCAAAAUGUGUUAACUGACCCAGAAAAAAAAAAAAAGACAAAAAAAAACACAUAGCAAAAAAGAAAAAAAACUUCCGACCGAUCGGUUUCGAUAUUCCGAGUUUGAUAAUUGUCCUGAGACGUCCCCUCGUGGGCCUGUGCCCUGCGUGUGUCCGUGUGCAAGUGUGCCCAGGGGCCCUGCGGCCGCCCGGGAGUGUGUGUGCUGUGCGUGUCUGUCCGCUCCACGUGUCCCGGCUGUAAAUACCAUUUUUAUACUCCACGUCGAAGACCUUGUGAUUUGUACGACCCCCUUUAUUUCUGCUACCAGUACUUUACACACACACACACACACACACACACACACACACGCGCGAGGAUGAAGGACUGCCAGGGGUCGGGCGACUUUCGUGCUGGAGAGUUCCCACGGCUGCAGGAGUCCUUGUCACUGUCGUGUGUUUGAGGUGAGAAGCAGCAAGCAUCGUCUUAAUGUCCAAAACGCCUCUCUUUGGCCUGAGAAAACGAGAAGUUUAUUUAAUAAAAGUUUUACUUGCUAACGG